UGUUUUCCUGCUUGGAGCAGAGUGCGGGAAGUUUAGAGGGUCACUGAGAGAAGUAGUGUCGACACAGCUAGCAUUUGCUGUUAAAUACAUCAGAAUUGAUUACUAAAAAGAUGCCACCAAAAAGCAAGCCCCUUGGUAAAGCAAGAGCUCCUGCAAAGAGAAAGCUAGCAGAAGAGUUUCCACGAGGAGAAGUUCUGACAGAUACAGCCAAGAAGCAGUGGGUGUUGGGAGAACCAAUUGGACAGGGAGGAUUUGGACUUCUUUACUUGGCAAAUGAAAAUUCCUCAGGGACAGUUGGGAAAGAUGCCCCAUAUGUCAUUAAAGUGGAGCCGAGUGACAAUGGACCACUUUUCUCUGAACUGAAGUUCUACAUGAGAGCAGCUAAACCUGAUCUAAUUGAAAAGUGGAUCAAAUCUCAAAAAUUGAAGUACCUAGGAGUUCCUAAAUAUUGGGGAUCAGGGCUGCAUGAGAAAGGUGGAAGCAGGUACAGGUUCAUGGUUAUGGACCGAUUUGGUAGAGAUCUACAAAAGGUCUUUGAAGAAAAUGGAAAGCGAUUUAGUCGAAAAACUGUCCUACAGCUAGGACUGAGAUUACUUGACAUCCUAGAAUAUAUGCAUGAACAUGAGUAUGUGCAUGCAGACAUCAAAGCCUCUAACCUUCUUCUUAGUUACAAGAACCCCAAUCUGGUUUACUUGGUAGAUUAUGGACUAGCCUAUAGGUAUAGUCCGGAGGGAGUCCUGAAAGAGUAUAAGGAAGAUCCAAAGAGAUGCCAUGAUGGAACCAUUGAAUUUACUAGUAUUGAUGCACACAAAGGAGUAUCACCAUCAAGAAGAAGUGACCUGGAAAUCUUGGGCUACUGUAUGAUACAGUGGUUAUGUGGGAGCUUACCUUGGGAAGAUAACCUGCAAGACCCCAACUAUGUCAGAGAUUUAAAAAUCAAGUUCAGACAGAACAUACCAGAUUUUAUAUCUAAAUGCUUCUCCACAAAUGAUAUACCAAAUGAAAUGAUCAAGUAUAUGGAGGAAGUUAAGUCCUUGGAAUAUAAUGACAAGCCUUCAUAUCAGAAACUACGCACUAUCCUCCAGCUAGGACUCACGUCUAUUGGCUCCAAGGAUGACGACAAACUAGACUUUGUAUCAGUUAAUGAACUGGCAUCCAAAUCAACCAAGAAAAAGACCAAAAGAAAGCUUACGGAAGUGUCUGAAGAAUCUGGUGGAGAACAGGAGGUCAUUCCCACAAAGCGAGGACGAGGACGGGGACAAGGACAAGGUGUUCCAUCAAAAACAGAGGCAAAUGGUUUGAAGGAAAAGUCAUCUACCCCCAAAAAAAGAUCAUCAUCCAAAAAGAUUCUGGUAGAAACUGGCACUCAGACUUCUCCUGCAAUGGGAAGGGGAAGAGGCAGACCCAAAAAGACCAAAUGAGUGAUUACUGAUGAUUUUAUUCUUUAUUCUUCCAUACUUUUUAUUUUACCUUUUUUUUUUUUUAAAGUUCUUUCUUGCUACGUGCUUGUUCAGUGAACUGUCACUUUGUAUCCCUUGGGAAAUAAGAUGUUGGAAUGAUUGUAUAGUCUAUUUACAGCUGUUUUAGACUUCAUGAAAUUGUGCAACAGGAGCUAUUUUCUUAAUAAACAAAAUUCUUAGAAGUAA